AUGGAAGAGAUACUCGUGGUGGGAGCCCCCCUGGAGGUGGUCGCAGUCAACAAAACAGGACGUUUGUACGACUGCCUGGCUGCCGCCGGCGUGUGUCGGCCCAUCUUGCUGAAUACACCCCCAGAGGCCGUGAACGUGUCCUUGGGCGUGUCCCUGGUGGCCUCCACCCAUCUCUUCUGGCUGCUGGUGAGCCUCUAUCCCCGGGACUGCGGCCCAACCAUGCACAGAGCCUGUGGGGAGAACAUGUAUGCAAAAGGCGCUUGCCUCCUGCUGGGCUCCCACCUGCAGAUCAUCUGGACAGUCCCCGCCACCCUGCCAGAGUGUCCAAAUCAAGAGCUAGACAUUGUCUUCCUGAUUGACGGCUCUGGCAGCAUUGACCCAAAUGACUUUAAACGGAUGAAGAACUUUGUCAGAGCUGUGAUGGACCAGUUCAAGGGCACCCACACACUGUUCUCGCUGAUGCAAUACUCAGCCCUCAGCAGCAUCCAGAAGCAGCUGCAGGAGAAGAUCUUUGCAGUCGAGGGAACGCAGUCAAAGACAAGUAGCUCCUUCCAGCAUGAGACGUCUCAAGAAGGCUUCAGCUCCGUCCUCACAGCGGGGAGUGGAGAUGGACCAGUGCUGGGGGCUGUGGGGAGCUUCAGCUGGUCUGGAGGCGCCUUCCUGUACCCCCCAAAUAGGAGCCCCGCCUUCAUCAACAUGUCUCAGGAGCGCGCGGACACGAGGGACUCUUACCUGGGUUACUCCGCAGAGCUGGCCGUUUGGAAGCGGGUACACAGCCUGGUCCUGGGGGCCCCCCGCCAUCAGCACACCGGGAAGGCUGUCAUCUUCACGCAGGUGUCCGGGCAAUGGAGGCCGAAAGCGGAAGUCACAGGGACCCAGAUCGGCUCCUACUUCGGGGCCUCCCUCAGCUCCGUGGACGUGGACAGAGAUGGCAGCUCCGACCUGGUCCUCAUCGGGGCCCCGCAUUACUAUGAGCAGAGCCGGGGGGGCCAGGUGUCCGUGUGCCCCUUGCCCCGGGGGAGGGCUAAGUGGCAGUGCGGUGCCGUCCUGCGAGGGGAGCAAGGCCACCCCUGGGCCCGCUUUGGGGCAGCUCUGACGGUGCUGGGGGAUGUGAACGGGGACAGGCUGACGGACGUGGCCAUCGGGGCCCCGGGAGAGCAGGAGAACCGGGGUGCUGUCUACCUGUUUCACGGAACCUCGGGCCUGGGCAUCAGCCCCGCCCACAGCCAGCGGAUUGCAGGCUCCCAGCUCUCCCCCGGGCUCCAGUAUUUUGGGCAGUCGCUGAGCGGGGGUCAGGACCUCACCCAGGAUGGACUGGUGGACCUGGCCGUCGGGGCCCAGGGGCACGCGCUGCUGCUCAGGAGCCUGCCGGUGCUGAACGUGGAGGUGGCUAUGAGAUUCACGCCCCCGGAGGUGACAAAGUCUGUGUACCAGUGCUGGGAAGAGCUGCCCACCGCCCUGGAAGCUGGGGACGCCACAGUCUGUCUCACUAUCCACAGAAGCUCACAGGACCAGCCAGGUGACAUCCGAAGCUCUGUCAUGUACGAUCUGGCAUUGGACCCAGGUCGUCUGAUUUCUCCUGCCGUUUUUGAUGAGACCAAGAACUGGACUUUGACUCGAAGAAAAACCCUAGGGCUGGGAGAGCACUGUGACACCGUGAAGCUGCCUUUACCAGACUGUGUGGAGGGCGCGGGGAGCCCCAUCAGCCUGCGACUCAACUUCUCCCUGGUUGGGGAGCCCAUCUCCUCAUCUCAGAACCUACGCCCUGUGCUGGCUGUGGGCUCACAGGACCGCUUCACUGCUUCUCUCCCCUUUGAGAAGAACUGUGGGCAAGAUCACCUCUGUGAAGGGGACCUGAGGGUCAGCUUCAGCUUCUCAGGGUGAUCUUGUCCUUCCUUGUUCGGCCUGCAGACCCUGGUGGUGGCGAGCUCCCUGGAGCUCAAUGUGACAGUGACUGUGUGGAAUGAGGGUGAGGAUUCCUAUGGAACUGUGAUCAGCUUCUACUAUCCAGCAGGGCUGUCCUAUCGACGAGUGCUAAGAAUCCAGCAACCCCAUCAGCGUCCCCUGCGCCUGGCAUGUGAGGCAGUGCCCACUGGGAAUGAGGGCCUGAGGAGCAGCAGCUGUAGCAUCAACCACCCCAUCUUCCAAGAGGGCACUAAGGGCACCUUGAUAGUCACAUUUGAUGUCUCCUACAAGGCCACCCUGGGAGACAAGUUGCUUUUGAGGGCCAAUGCAAGCGGUGAAAAUAAUAAGCCUACAUCCAACAACACUACCUUCCAGCUGGAGCUCCCAGUGAAAUAUGCUGUCUACACAGUGAUCAGCAGGCAGGAAGAAUCCACCAAGUACUUCAAUUUUUCAGCUUCUGACCGGAAGAGCAGAAAAGAAGCUGAGCAUCGAUAUCGUGUGAAUAACCUGAGUCAGAGAGAUCUGGCCAUCAGCGUUCAUUUCUGGGUCCCGGUCCUGCUGAACGGUGUGGCUGUGUGGGAUGUGGCUAUGGUGGCCCCUUCACAGAGUCUCCCCUGUGUGUCAGAGAGGGAACCUCCCCAGCAACCUGACUUCCAGACCCAGAUUCCAAGCAGUCUCGUGCCGGACUGCUCCAUUGCUGACUGCCUGAGGUUCCGCUGUGACAUCCCCUCCUUCGGCGUCCAGGAGGAACUUGACUUCAUUCUGAAGGGCAACCUCAGCUUCGGUUGGGCCAGCCAGACACUGCAGAAGAAGUCAUUGGUCGUGAGUGUGGCUGAAAUCAUUUUCAACAGAUCCGUGUAUUCCCAGCUUCCAGGACAGGAGGCGUUUGUGAGAGCCCAGGUGGAGAUGGUGCUAGAAGAGUAUGAGGUCUAUAAGCCCAUCCCCCUCAUUGUGAGCAGCUCUGUGGGAGGACUGCUGCUGCUGGCUCUCAUCACAGCCACACUGUACAAGUGUGGCUUCUUCGAACGUCAAUACGAAGAAAUGAUGGGUGACAACCCUGAAGACACUGCCACAUUCAAUGGGGAGUAUCUCAGCUGUGAGGCCCCCAAUCAGCCUUUGUCCUAAGAAUCCACUUUCCCAUUUACCUCUACCCCCCUGGGCUGACGUCCAUGGGAAUAACUUCUGUGUAGAUCUGGACUGGCCAGAUCUACAACUUACCGGGUGCUAAGUCAUCUUCCCAAGGCAUUGAAAGGUUUUGAUAUUUUUACAUAUCUACCCGACUUCUUCAGUGAUGACCCACUUUUUACAGAAGCGGGCAUGAUGCCGGCAUGAAUUCUCAUGUGUAUAAGAAUUGUCACAUUAAAUGAGGAUGUUUAUAACACAAUUUCCUUGUAUGAAAGAGCUCUAAUCUAGGGACCUGAAUGCUGUUCUAGUAAGGGGGGAGGGGCUGCUUCUGGGUACAGAAAAUGUACUCUCUUUCUCAGGUGACUGGGGCCUGUGAGCAUCUUUUCUCAAUGGUGCUGUGAGUAGUUUGAGGAGAGGAGGGCAAAAUAAGCUCUGUGUGUGUGUGUGUGUGUGUGUGUGUGUGUGUGUGUGUUGGUCAUGGGUUUCAGCUUAGGCGUCAGGCCCCUUGGUAAUGGCACAUGAGCUGACUGUCCUAGGAGGUGAAUGAAAUGUCCAGAGCUUGUCUGAACCAACAUCCCCCUUGAAUGGGGUCCCCCAAAACUAGGAGAACCAGGCUUCCAGAAAGGGAGCAUCUAAUUUCCCCCAACUAACACAGAAGACCCAUUAAAGGUGGUCAUAGAGAAUGACCAAAAUAUUCCAAAUCCAGAAUUAGGUCAUGAAGAUCUACACAGAGGGCUGUAGAUCCUGUGUUUGAAAUCACAAUUGUCUCCAGACGGCGGGAAAUCACAGAGGCCCUGAAUGUGUGUCAGGAAAAGAGUGGUACCUCAGGAUCUGCAACCCUGAGUCUCCCCUGGGCCUCUGACAAGCUGCCUGAAUUGAAGUCAUUUAAUCUCUGAGAAUCUCAAAUUCCUCCUCUGGAGAAGGUGGAACCAAACUUGGACCUUGCUCCCAGAGUUACUGUGAGAAGUCAGUGUAUGUUAAAGCCCUUUACAGCCUAGAGCCCUAAUUAUUAAUAGGUGAGAGGG